AUGACCAACCAAACCACCAACACUGCUGUCAAGCCUAUCACCCCCAAGGCGAUGGUGCACUUCGGGUUGUACACAACGCCGGACAAGUAUGAGGAAAUGGUGAAAUGGCAUCUCAAUUUCUUCGGAGGAACUCUGGUUCUCAAGAAUGAAUUCGCCGCCUUCAUUGCAUAUGACGAUGAACAUCACCGGAUGGUUAUCGUUUCGGACGCGAACCACAAACGACCCGAAGACCGAAAGUCUGCGGUGGGCAUUUUUCACAUAGCCUUCACCCUGGAUACCCUCGCCGACCUCGCGACAAGCUACGAACAGAGAAAAGCUCUCGGCAUUGAGCCGUUUUGGCCGGUCAACCAUGGCAUGAGCACAAGCAUGUAUUACUACGACCCGGACCACAAUGAGUUCGAGUUGCAGGUGGACAACUUCGACACCACGGAGGCAGCACGGCAGUUCAUGGCAAGCGAGGAAUACGCCAACAAUCCAAUCGGCGUCGAUAUCAACGUUGAUGAAUGGCUUCGGCGAGUCAGAAGUGGGGAGGAUGAAAAGAGUAUCAAAGCGAGACCGGUUAUUGGUCGGAGACACACCAGACCAGAGAACAGCAUUUAUUUUUCCCCAAUUGAGAUUGCGGCAAAGUAA